AUGCACCUGCUCGCCCGCCCUUCGCCGGCGCUGCGCGCCCCCGCGCGUUGCCGCCAAUGCCUCCGCUCGCUGAGCACGCAGGCCCACGCCAAGGUCUUUGCUGAGGGCGACGUAGUUCUGCUGCGGGACAGAAACCGCCCCCGCAACCCGGGCAUCCUAACCAAGCCACUCAAGGCCGGCGUUGUCAUCGUCAACCAGCACGGCAGCCUCCCCCAUAGCGACAUCAUCGGCAAGCGCAUCCGUGACAAUCUCCAGACCACGAAGACCCAGUACCGCAUCCAGGAGCCAACGCUCGACGAGUACGUGCGCAUGACUCCACGGAUCGUCACUCCUAUCUACCCUGAAGAUGCUUCGUUCAUUGUAAAUCUGUUUGACAUCCAUGUGAGUCCUACUGAGCCGGGUGCUGCCUUUUCACCACCGCUGGAGAUCUUGGAGGCCGGAACCGGCCAUGGCGGUCUCACGUUACACCUCGCGCGUGCAAUCCACGCCGCCAAUCCCCCGUUGCCUGAGUCUCUUAGGGCGGAAUAUACACCUGUUGUAGACCCGGAGCAUCCCGCUGAGGAAGUGACGUAUGAGUCGACGAUUGUCGACCACAUGGCGGAGCACACUCUUGAGUCUUGGAAGAGGCAAAGGAGGGCUGUGAUCCAUACCGUAGACCACAAGGCGAAGACCUCAAAGCACGCGAAGAAGAUUGUCAGCGGGUUCCGCCGCGGCAUGUAUGCCAAUGCCAUUGAUUUCCAUGUUGGGGAUGUCUCGGCUUGGAUCAAGGCACGCUUCACAGCGCAGACUAAAGGAGAUGCUACCAAAGGGCCUGAGCCGUUCUUGUCCUACGUUUUCCUGGAUCUCCCCUCAGCAGAGGAUCAUCUGGAGAUUGUAUCCCAGGCCCUCCACAUGGACGGCGCUCUAGCAGUCUUCAACCCAAGUGUUACGCAAAUUGCCGACUCGGUGAAGAGAGUCAGGGAGUUGGGGCUGCCACUCGCACUUGACAAGGUUGUUGAACUGAGGGGAAGUGAUACCGUUCGAGAGUGGGAUCUUAGAGCGGUGCAACCUAAGGCGGCGAUGAAAGCGGCAAACGGCACGAGUUUGAAUGGCGAGAAUGAGGAAGUGGAUACUGAUGAGGCGGCUGCCGAGAGUGACCAGAAAGAAAAAAAUCUAGCUGAACAAGCGGUAGAGGAGGCAAAGGAUCUAGAAAGGAUCGAGACUGAGCAGAAUGAAGAGCUUCAGACAGGCGACGCUAGCUGGAAGUACGUCUGCCGGCCCAAAACUGGUUUGACAAUGGGUGUUGGCGGAUUUGUAGGUCUGUGGCGUCGUUUUAAGACUUAG